AUGUAUCUUUCCUUACGAGGCACGGCACUCUCAUUACAUGCACUCGCAGCGACAGUAGCCGCCUGGCCAGAGAUCGGACCGCACGACCGCAAGCUCAACUACCGAUUCUUGCCCUCCCUCGACGACGAGGACCUCUCCUCCGGCCAUGGAGCAUCCUACAGCACACUGCACAUCCCCACAGCCAACCGUCGACACCUCCCCACCCUCGACGACGACGACGACGCCACUGUCUUCACCCUGCCCAUCGUCCACGCCCCCAAGCCCGCCCUCGUCUCACGGGACCUCGAGAUCCAGCUAGAGAACCGCUCCGACGUGGCCUACUAUGCGCCGCUGUACAUUGGCGCCCCCGCGCAGCAGGUCUACGCCCAGCUCGACACGGGCUCCUUUGAGCUCUGGAUCAACCCGGACUGCGCAGGCCUCACGUCCAAGACGGACCGCACCUUUUGCGCCGCCGUCGGCCACUAUGACCCGGACGACUCCAAGACCGCCAAGGACACGGGCGACAGCAAGACGAUGAACUAUGGCGUCGGCAAGGCCGAGGUCGACUACUACACGGACGACGUGGCCUUCUCGGACGACAAGGGCGCCAAGACCAUCAAGGCCGUGCAGUUUGGCGUUGCGUGCAAGAGCGAGGACCAGUUUGCUGGCGUCCUCGGCCUUGGUCACGGCAAGGGCGUCAACACGGACUACCCCAACCUCGUCGACGAGCUCUACGAACAGGGCGUCAUGAAGCGCAAGGCCUUUAGCGUCGCCCUCGGCAGCAAGGCUGAAGGCACCGGCGUCGUCGCCUUUGGGGGCGUCGACACGGCCAAGUUCACCGGCCCCCUCGUCGCGCUGCCCAUCCUCCCCGCCAAGGACAGCCCGGACGGCGUGGCGCGGUACUGGGUCGAGCUCGAGGGCAUCUCCCACGGGGGCAGUACCGUCCAGGGCUCCGGCAUGCCCGUCUUCCUCGACACGGGCGCGACGCUGACGCUCUUCCCAUCGAGCGUCGUCAAGCGUAUUGCCGAUGGCCUGGGCUCGUCCGGCCAGGACAGCGCGGGCCACUACGACGUCGACUGCGCGCUGCUGGACGAGGACGAGACCAUUGACUUUGAUUUUGGUGGGGGUCUGACGGUCAAGGUGCCCUACAAGGAGGCCAUCCGGCAUUUCCACAACGGCGGCGAUCCAAGGUGUUACCUGGGUAUUGCGCCGAGCGAGGACUACGCUCUGCUGGGGGAUACGUUCCUGCGGUCCGCCUAUGUCGUCUUUGACCUCGAGUCGGACAUCGUCUUCAUGGCGCAGUAUGAGAACUGCGGCCGCCAGGUGAAGGCUAUCAGUGGCGAUCUCGAGGGGAUGAAGGGGUCUUGCGGCGGCAGCACCAAGUCUGAUGAGGAAAAGAACGAGAAAGCGGACAAGGUGGCUCCCAAGACGACCACUCAACAGGCCAUGGCUUCGUCUACGGCAGAAGUGUCCUCUACUGAGGUUUCUACCGCGGCAUCUACCGAGGCGUCUACCGAGGCGUCCACCGAGAUGUCUACCAAGGCGGCGUCAGCCACAACGACCGUCUCCAAGCCCAAGGAGACGUCCUCUGACGAGAGUGGCGGAGACUCAGCGGAGGAGGAGGAGAAGCCGCAAGAGGAAGAAGAAAACGCAGAGUCAGACUCGGUCACGAGCAACAAGGACAGCGAGAAUGCCAACAACGACGAGCCCGACAGUGCAGCCGGUAAGGUCGAUGGCCUCCUCGGUCUGAGCGUGGUCAUUGUCGUAGCCCUGGCGAUGUUGUAA